GUAGUCGGCAGUGCAGUUCUACUUUCAAACAUACAUGGAGUGAUUCGUAUUAAGUCGAAUUUUACUGUGUGAAAUUAUAAUCUUUAAUUAUUUACUGAAUAACUGAAUGAGUGGUAAUUAGUUAAAUAAGUUAUGCCGUAAAAUGUUUCUGUUUUCAAAAUCGGGCAUUUUUUUAUUUUGCAAGACUUACCUGUGAAUUAGUUCGUUGUGACUGAUACACUGUUCUAAUUUAAUUUAGUUUAAAAAGUGAAAACUGAUAAAAAAACACUAGUAUAAAAGUGUGUGCAUAUUACUGAAACAAAUACAUUUUCCACCCCGCUAAGGACACUAUCUGACUAUUAAGUAUAUUCGUAAUAGAAACUCAUGUAGUUUGUAACUACUGGGUACAUUUUCGACGCGGUCUCGACACUAUAAAGGAAGCGCAAUGAAUACUCCUUGCUUUAGUGGGGGCUCCGACAGGCUUAUUCACGAAGCCGAUCAACUAAUAUCGUAUAUUGAAAGAGGCUCCACAGUACAAAAGUUUUAUCCUCGUAAGCGUCCCGAGCGUCGCAUGUUGUCUGUGCGCCGUGAAACCCACCAAGUGAUCUGGUUCAGACAAGGAACCCUGACCCGGAACGCUUUCGAAGGUUCCAUAGACAUUCGAGAUAUUAAAGAAGUGAGGAUUGGUAAAGCAUCAAAAGAUUUUGAGAAAUGGCCUGAGGAGACAAAGCGACUGGAGAACUCUAAAUGUUUCACUAUUUACUAUGGCACAGAAUUUAAACUGCGCUUGUCGUCAUUUGCAGCCCAAACCGAUAAGGAAUGCGAAGCUUGGAAACAAGGCUUAAGGUUUCUCAUUGAAGAAGCCAUAAAUGCUUCAUACCCUUUACAAAUAGAGAGGUGGCUGAGAAAAGAAUUUUAUGCCAUUGAAAACCACAAUGAGAAAGUAACACUGAAGGAUGUCAAAGGAUUUUUACCAAAAAUCAAUUGUAAAAUUGCAACGAGUAGAUUAAGGGAUUUGUUUCAAGAGAUUGAUAACAACAGGAGAGGGGAAAUUGGCUUUGAUGAUUUCUCUUCCCUCUACCACAGACUUAUCUUUGAUGAAAAUAACAUUCAAGAUAUAUUUGACACGUACAACCUAUACUGUGUCAAUGGUACAUCGGUAUUGUUGCGCGAUUUCCAAAAGUUUCUACUAGCCGAGCAGAACGAUCGCCUCGGUGAAGAUGAGGUUCGCUCGUCACAGUUCAUUAGGGACUACUUGAGAGACCCGCAGCGAGAUAUAUACGAGCCUUACUUCAAGCUGAACGAGUUUGUCGAAAUGUUGUUUUCUAAACAAAAUUCAAUAUGGGACAGCAAAAACGAUUACGUAACUCAGGAUAUGACGAGGCCCCUAUCCCAUUACUGGAUAGCAUCCUCGCACAACACGUAUCUCACCGGCGAUCAGUUUUCAAGCGAAUCGUCAUUAGAAGCAUAUGUGAGGAGUCUGCGGGCCGGUUGUCGGUGUAUCGAGCUAGACUGCUGGGAUGGUCCAGAUGGAACCCCCUUUAUUUAUCACGGUCACACGCUUACCACUAAAAUUAAAUUCAUGGACGUUCUACGUACAAUUAAGGAACACGCAUUCGUAACAUCAGACUAUCCUGUCAUACUGUCGAUCGAAGACAACUGCUCUCUUCCGCAACAGCGGCGCAUGGCGGGCGCCUUCCAAGACGUUUUUGGGGAAAUGCUUUUGGUUCAGCCAGUUGAGAAAAAUGAAACGAAGUUGCCUUCGCCGCACGAUUUGCGUAGAAAGAUCAUUUUAAAACACAAGAAGCUUCCAGAAGGCGCCGAGGAAACUUCGUUCGCAUUCCGUCAAGAAGAGGGCAGGGACUUAGAUCUCCGUAACACUAUAAAAAAUGGAAUCCUUCUCUUGGAAGACCCCGUAGACAAGGAAUGGCAUCCGCAUGCCUUUGUGCUCAGUGAUAACAAGAUGUACUACAUGGAAAAUUACACUAGCCACGAUGAAACAGACCUCGACAGCGACGGGGAGCCGGACCUAGAGAUAACUGCCGUGUCUCAAAACGAGUUGCACUUCGCUGAGUGCUGGUUCCACGGGAAGUUGGCCGGUAACAGACAAGAGGCGGAGGAGCUCCUGCGGGUCCAUGCGCAUCUUGGAGACGGCACGUUCCUGGUACGCGAAAGUGUCACAUUUGUCGGUGACUAUUGUCUCUCCUUUUGGAGACAAGACAAGGUUAACCACUGUCGGAUCAAGUUGAAGCAAGAACGAGGUGUCACAAAGUACUACCUUAUUGACUCAGUUUGUUUCGACAGUUUGUAUAGUCUCAUUACGCAUUACCGUCAGCAUCCCUUGAGGAGUCAGGAAUUCCUGAUAACAUUGAAGAAGCCGGUGCCACAGCCCAAAAAGCACGAGGGCAAGGUGUGGUGGCAGCCGAACUGCUCCCGUGCUCACGCCGAGGAGCUGUUGCGGAAGACGAACAUCGACGGUGCCUUCCUCUUGCGGCCCAGCGAAAGGGAGCCCGGCUUCUAUGCGAUCAGCUUCAGAACAGAAAAGGAGAUAAAGCAUUGCCGCGUUAAGCAAGAUGGCCGGCUGUUCACGAUCGGCACAUACAACUUCGAGAAUCUCGUAGACCUCGUCUCCUACUACGAGAAACAUCCUCUCUAUAAGAAAGUGAAGCUGUGGUACCCGAUCAACGACGACAUCGUGAGGAGAAACAUGACGGAACCAGACGACAGCUCGGUGUACGGAACACCUGGUUACAUGGAUCCUGCAUCAUUUAUUUCCAAGGUGACGGUGAAGGCGCUCUACGACUACCGAGCGCAGCAGGAGGACGAGCUGUCGUUCUGCAAGCACGCCAUCAUCACUAACGUGGACAAACCCGACGAGGGUUGGUGGCGCGGCGACUACGGCGGGAAGAGGCAGCACUGGUUCCCCGCCAACUACGUGGAGGUGAUCGAGCCGUCGCACGUGCCGGACAUGACCAAUAUCGACAACGAGACAGCAGCUCUCGGAGCCUUACAGAAAGGUGUAGUAGACGUUCUCGGCGCCGUGGUGGAGCUCGUAGUCGGCGAACAGAGCGGUUCCGCUCGUUGGAUUGUACGUAUACAGAGCCCGGCCCUGUGCGCGCCCUUCGACAUGGCGGCGCCCACCCGAGAAAACGCGUUGGAGUGGAUGUCCGCGAUCAAGGAGGCCGCUCAAAGCGCCAGCGCCAGGUCCCUGAUCAACAAAAAGAUGGAACGGACUUGGCGGAUCGCAAAAGAAAUGUCCGAUCUUAUCAUCUAUUGCCGCUCGGUGACUUUCAACGCCGAGAGACUUCGGAACGGAUUCGUCUAUUACGAGAUGUCGUCCUUCCCGGAGAGCAAGGCCGAGCGACUGAUGUGCCAACAGGACACCAGCUUCUUCACGAAGUACCACGCGGUGCAGCUCAGCCGGAUCUACCCGAAAGGGCAAAGAAUCGACUCGUCGAAUUACAACCCGAUACCUUUCUGGAACGUGGGCUCGCAGAUGGUGGCGCUCAACUAUCAAACGUCCGACAAGUCCAUGCAGGUCAACAUGGGUAAAUUUAAGGAGAACGGAAACUGCGGGUACGUCCUGAAACCCGACUUUAUGUUCGACGAGGGCUACAAUCCGUACGACAAGGGUAGCAUCACAAAGAGAGUCACCCCGAUUAAGGUGAUGCUGCGGGUGAUCGGUGCGAGGCAUCUCUGCAAGACAGGCCGCGGGACGGCCUGCCCCUUCGUCGAGGUGGAGAUCAUCGGUGCAGACUACGACAGCGGCAUUAAACUAACCACGAGAACCAUCAAUGACAACGGAAUCAAUCCCGUAUGGAAUACGAUAUGCGAGUUCGAAGUGGCCAAUCCGGACCUCGCCCUCAUAAGGUUCUUGGUCCAAGACGAGGAUAUGUUCGGAGACCCGAAUUUCAUCGGCCAGGCCACCUACCCAUUCCGCGGCAUCCGUUCCGGCUACAGGAGCGUCAUCCUCAACAACGCCCACUCGGAGGAGCUGGAGCUCUCGUCUCUGCUCGUCCACGUAUCCUUUAAAGAAAACUAAAUACAUCGAGCAGGAAGGCAGGUUUCCGGUCUGUUUUGUAACAUAAGCGUUCGUUUUGUUGUAUUAUCAAGUAGGUAGAGGGCUUGGGUAGUAGGUGGAGCGUGGUGCUGGAAGAGUGAGCUAUUGUCGCAGUCGACAGUUGUAUCAAAAUUUCUAUGAGCUUCAUUGUAAUUAGUGAGAGUUAUUGUAAUGUUAUAUAAUAUUUAUUUGUAUACAGAUCUGAUACGCACAAAAAAGCUUAUAAUAAGUGUAAACAAACGAAUUUAAUGAAUAAACUUCGAUUUAUUCCGUAAUCAAUCCCGGCAGACUGAGUCGUUUUGUUCGUCUGGUUGUAUUAUUUGUAAGGAGACGUGCAAAGAUAUAUUUUGACUCAGUCGGACGUUAUGUACACGUGCCGCGGAACGGAGAUGCCUCACUUAGCUUUAUAUUUUGAGUGAAUUCUGCGAAUGAACUCACUCGCAGGCAACUACUAUUAAAUAAGUCUAUUAUAUUGUAUUCUUUAAAAUUAUUUUAUAUAAUUAUAUAAUUUUUGAUAUAUUUAAAACACUUUAAAGGUGACUUCUCUAUUGGAAAAUAAAUUAUUGUGUAAGAAAUAAUUAAACCUAUAUAUCAUGUAUCCGUAGUUUGUUUACUGCGUCUGAAUUUAGUGUUUUUAGUAGAAAAUAAUCUUUACAAUUAUUUCACCGUGGAAUCAUUUCGUCAAUAUUUUUACAUAAAAAUAUUAAAACAAGUGCUUCUGUUAUAAUGCUACGUUCUCGCGUUCACGUCUAUUUGAUUAUCGACAAACAGUGACUAUUGUUACUGUCAGUGCGUUGAGUAAUUUAGAAUUGCUAUAACAAGUAUUUCUAAUUAAUUCGAAUAAAAUUAUAACAAAAUAUUAUAACAUUUUGUAAAACAUAGUUUCGUUUUCACGUAACGAAAACGUGUUACGUGUUUUGUAUAUUGUUUAAUUUGUAAACAAUAUAUUAUAUAACUAUGUCGACGUAUAAAAUAUUUUCAUAAAUUUAUAUGUUUUAAGCGUAAUCGUCUUUUUAAUGAUCAAGUUAAACCUAUUUCCGGUUCGUUUGUAAUAUGUCGUCGCUCGGGCUCACUGGUCAGUGUAAAUGUGUAACGAGAGAGCCUACGAUGGAAACAAGACUUGUAUUAAUAAGACGAUUAGCUUAAACGUGAAUAAAAUUAUACUAAACGAACGUUCGCCUAGAUAUUGACUGAGAAUGAAAUUUGAAAAGAGUGAUCGCCAAUAUAAUUGGUCAUUUAAGAUACGUACAGCGCCGGCGGGGCGAUUCUGUAAGGACUCACUACGUAUCUCGAUCGUGAAACGUCGUGCGACUGUGAGCUGAUCUACUGUGAUACGCCAUUUUGAUACGUGUAUCCUAUCAAUUUUAUAAUUAUUAUUAUAGUCAAUGUCGCGUAUCACUCUGACAUUCCACUCUCGUCUGCGGUGAGUUUCGAGUUUCUGCUUACAGAAUAGCCCUGCGUGUUAUGUAGCGGAAUGGAUAUAUAAACGAUAAGAAUGUUUAGCAUUUCGCUUACGUGCUCUGCUAUAUACUUAUAUUGUAUUUUAUUAGAUUAAUUGAAAAUAUAUAUACUAUGUCAUGUGAGAAGCUUGUUUUUGUUAUUAUUUACAUGAAUUUUGUAAAUUCUUGCACUGAAUCGAAAAUAUAAUACGCCGAUGAAAAUGGACGCCAGUGAUUAUGAGUAAAACUCGACAAGCUUCGUUUAUUGUAUCAUAUUUUCGAUGAAACUUUUGAGGAAACCCUCGCGGGCCACAUGGAAUACGGACGUCUGGGUAAUAAGGUGGAAAGUAAGAAUAUACUCUCCCGUUAAGGAAACGGUUACAUUAAAUUUGACUUAGCGGUGUGCAGUAACCGGCGAAUCGGAUACUUCGUGUAAACCGAUAAAGUGUUUGUUUAAAAAUAAGGAAUGUAGCCACAAAAAGAGAAGCCACUCAGACGGCGUAUUUUAAGACAUCCGACCGGGAACGUUUCGGGAUAUAAAACAUUAACAAUUUGCAACGAAAUGUUAUUCCUAUAUCCGUCCGUGGUCCGACACGUCGUGUACAUAUUUAAUGCAUUUGUAUCGAUUAUUCAAAUGAGACAAGAACGGGACCGCGCCAGCCGCCCGCCAGUCCGCAGCUGCGAGGCGAGUCCGUCCCGGGUCCCGGCGUGAGUAGCUCUACAGAUUAUUCGCGUUAUAUAUUACUACACUUGGAUAUCGACUGCAGCACGCGGUAAACGCAUAAUUUAGUCUAAAAACACUUAAAUAUCGACCUUUUUUAUUACAAAUUUAUUAAAACGAAGUUUGUAUGAAAUAUUCGAAUAGUAGAAUAUGAUAUAAUAAAGGGGCAACCGUCCGCGUUCGUUUUUUCAAAUAUUUUUCAUAAUUUAGGUAACGUGCGACCAGAGGGCAGCGUAAGCUUAGCGUUUCAGUGCAGGAAUGUUCUCGAUCCUUUAGAUUUACACUUCAUUUAUACCGUCGAAUAUAUUUGACCUCUGACAUCAUGUCCUUAUGAAUAUUU